AUGAGAUUGAUCAACACCGAGACGCUCGAGCUUCAAGAGUUCUUUGAGUCACAAGCUCCGUCCUACGCGAUACUUUCGCACACAUGGGACAAAAACGAAAUCACCUUCCAGGAGAUGCUUUCCAAGUCUCCGUCGACCAUGGUAAAGGCUGGAUACAAGAAGAUCCAGGAUACCUGCAAAAUGGCACAAUCGAGGGGUCAACAAUGGGUCUGGAUUGACACCUGUUGCAUCGACAAGUCAAGCAGCGCCGAACUCACCGAGAGCAUCAACUCCAUGUACCGCUGGUACCAAAAUGCCUACGAAUGCUACGCUUAUCUUGUCGAUUUUGCCCCCGGGUCGCUGCCGCAAGAUGAACUUGAAAAAUGCCGCUGGUUCACACGAGGGUUCACCUUGCAGGAACUCAUUGCGCCCAAGACGGUGGUAUUCUUCGACAGAGACUGGAACGUGAUUGGAGGAAAGAAGGACGAGGGUAUUCUCGAAAUCAUCGUUCGCACCACGGGUAUUUCAGAACUCGUUCUUUCUGGUUCUUCGCCAUUGGGUGGCUCUACAAUUGCCGAGCGGAUGCUCUGGGCUUCGCCUCGUGAAACGACCCGCCCUGAAGACAAAGCUUAUUGUCUGCUCGGCAUAUUCGAGGUCAAUAUGCCCCUCAUAUACGGAGAAGGUGAUAAUGCCUUCCGCAGACUCCAAGAGGAGAUCAUCAAGCAUGAGGAUGACCUACCGGAGAUUGGCAGCUUGAUUCAGCAGAAUCACAUCCCUCGCCAUAUCCUUUUUCCUGGCCACGGCAAACAAUCAUCCCACCUUCUCAAUAAAGGGCCAGAGUACGGUCGCCAAAAGGUGAUCAUGCUUGGAACCGCAAAGAAACCACAAAGAGUGACCAUCGGUAUUGAAACAGAUGUCACCGACCCCCCUGCUGAGUUCGACUGCGCUCUAGGUCGAAUUAGGCCCAGUCUUCAGUACACUGUAAAGUUUCACGCUACCAUCGAAGAUGAUGUCAAUACCCCUGAAUACAGGAGGUUUUACUGGCGCAUUUUAAGGAGCCUGAAAAGCUUAUGA